UAACCAGCCAUGUCAAACUCAAACGAAAAAUUACCAUACGUACCCUGGUCGUGCAGAUUUUUUGAGACUAAACCGUGCCGUCAUCAUCGACGCACUACCCUUUUCAGAAGAUUGGUGUGGCCUUGAUGGUGCAUUGUCUAGAAGAUUUCUGUGGGAGGGAGCUUCGGAUUCGUUAUCUACCGGAUCUGGAGUAUCAGUAAUCUUCCUGGCCCAAGUGUUGGUGGUGGUAGCUUUAGAUUCGUUAUCUACCGGAUCUAGAGUAUCAGCAAUCUUUCUGGACCCCAUCUUCGCGACCCGUGAAUUUGGAACAUGUCAACCCACUUUGCGUCAUUUUUGGAAUGAGGUGAUAGGAGAUAGGAAACGGUUAGAGCUAAAGAACACCCUCGAUACGGAAAGUCUUGAAAUGUUGAGUGAA